AUGGACCCAUCCCAGCCGGCGCAGGGUCCCCAGCCCCAGCCCGAUGCGAACGACGUAUUCCACACGACAGACAAGGUGCUUGCGGACAAGUUGCAGUUCAUCGAGGAGAUCGGCUUCGGGAACUGGGGCAGCGUAUGGUUGUGCAAGCCGCGACACAAUCCGAGGGCACCGGGCGCAGACGAACUUUCGCGCCUGCAGAGCAGCCGGAUGGCAGUAAAGCUCGUGCACAGGAAGAAGGACGAGAACGAGAAGCGGACGGCGGAGACGGCGGCGCGGGUGAAGUCGCUAUGGAACGAAAUGAAGAUUGUUCGCUCCCUCAAGCCGGAUUUGCAUCCGUCCAUCGUCCCGUUCUACUCCUUUGUCGUCACGCCGUCCUAUGCCUUGAUCACGAUGUGCUACCUACCAACACUCGUGCCCGUCGAAGUCGCCGAGCCCAAAGCCCGGUUAUGGUUUAAGUCCCUUCUAUCCGGUGUGGAAUACCUCCACAAGCGCGGCAUCGUCCACAACGACAUUAAGCCUGCGAACAUCCUGCUCUCCGAGAAGAACGUGCCCGUCCUAGUCGACUUCGGCUUCGCCGAGCAGUACCGGCUAGAAUCGCGCAAAGCCUUCCUCAGCAACAUCUCGUAUGGUACCCCCGAGUACCUCUCCCCCGAGCGCGCACGAGGACUACCCCACGACACGCGCAAGUCCGACGUCUGGUCGCUCGGCGUCACCUUCUUCGAGAUCCUCUCCGGCCGCACGCCCUUUGAGAACUCCGACACGGAGCAGUUCUCGACGACGGAGGAGCUCGAGCGGUAUUGGGCGCGCACGCUCCGCGGCAAAUGGAUCGGCACGUGGAAGAUGUCGCGCGGGAUGGAGAAGCUCCUGCGGCGGAUGAUGUCGCCGAACGCGGAUUUGCGCUGCACGGCGAGCGCGGCGCUGGAGGACGCGUACUGGGCGGCGGACCGGUCGGCGGACGCGCACCCGCACCGGAGGUCGGCGAGUGAUAAUUCGAUUGUGUAUGAUGCCUCGAUUGCGUACGAUACCUCGAUGGAAACCCCCGCGAAGCCGGUAUCGUGGAGCAAGUCGUCCGCGGCGAAGGAGAAUGCGAACAGCUCGCCAAGUCUGGCCGAGUCGCCCAGUCACCGCUCGCUGCAGCGCGCGAAGUCGCAGCCGAAGGUCGCGAAGGGUGCGUUCGACCUUUGUCAUCGCUACUCACAAUCGUGUACCGCUUUCGCCUUCUCUCGUCCCGCACCGCAAGCGCGUGCCCGUCGAGCUGUCACCGAUCAAGCAGUCCCCGCCGGUGUCGCCCAGCGGGUCGGCCGCGGCCUCGCUCUCGUCGUUUAUGGACCGCAAGCCGCUGCAGUCGCGCAAUCGCUUGCAAAACGCAGCGUCUAG